UGAUGACGUCACUUUCCAUUAUCGCGUUUCCACGCAGCAUGCGGUCCGUCUCUGUCGCAAGUUGUUUUUAUGUACGUUGACAACCCUGAAUAUUGUAUCCUGUUGCAGUGUCCUAUGUAAGCAAUGUAAAAUAAUGAGCUCAUAUUUAGCUUGGGAUAUAAUGUUGAGAGCGCAGCUUCAGGAUAUUGCCAGGGCUAGAGACCGUCGUAGAAAAAGUCGCAAUUCGGCAUCAAGAGGGAAGGCCUUUGAUAUGACCGACAGGGAAUUUUUAAAAACCUACAGGUUAUCAAAGACCCUUGCACGUCACCUCAUCAACGAAUUACGGCCCUUUUUACGCCGGCCUCGCCGCAGUGAUGCCAUAAGCCCAGAAAAUAAGGUGCUAAUAGCAUUAGCAUUUUUUGCUUCUGGCUCAUACCAGACCAUAACUGGCCAAUGUAGGGUCCAUGGAGUUUCGCAGCCAACCGUGUCCCGGGCUAUUAAGGAGGUGGUAGGGGCUUUAAAUAUGCCUGAUAUUUUAAAUAAAUAUAUUGUGUUCCCUUUGACUCAAGCUGGCCGGGAACAACUAAAGACCCAGUUUUAUUCAAAAUUCAGUAUCCCAGGAGUUGUGGGAUGCAUAGAUGGGACCCAUGUUUCAAUUAUUAAACCCACUCAAAAUGAGGAGAGGUAUAUGAAUAGGAAGGGUUAUCACUCCUUAAAUGUACAAAUUAUUUGUGAUGUGAAUCUCAAUAUAAUGAGUGUGGAUGCCAGCCACCCUGGCUCAACACACGAUAGUGUUAUCUGGGGUGAACAUCCUUUAAAUAAUUACUUACAGAGGCAAUUGGCCUUGGGUGAAAAUUUGUAUUUGUUAGGUGAUUCGGGCUAUGCUUUAAGACCAAGCAUGAUGACGCCAAUUUUAAAUGCUCUACCUGACACGCCUGAAGAGCACUACUACAACCUUCACGUCACAGCUAGAAAUACUGUAGAGCGCUGUAUUGGAGUUCUAAAAGCGCGUUUUAGAUGCCUGUUAUCUGCUCGACAACUUCAUUACGAUCCCAUCUCAGCUGCGCGCAUAGUGAAUGCAUGUUGUGUUUUACACAAUAUAGCAAACAAGGCACGCUUAAAUAUCCAUCCACUAAACAAUGAUGAAAUAGCAGCUGAACUUGCUGCUAAUGUUGAUUUGCGCAGGCUUGAAGCAAGGACUGACAGCAACAGGCAUCAAAUCAAUCAGGAACUUUCAGAAGGCAGGGCAGUCCAACAAUCGCUCGUGGACCGUCUGUGGGAAGAAAAACACAGACAUUGAUUAAAAACCUAAUUGAUACUGUACUCGCCUCACAAUAAUUUUAUUAAAUCUUAUUAUCACCAUAAUAUUUACCUUUCAUUACGCCUUCUAGUCACUA